AUUUAAACCUAUUGUGCUUUUUAAACCUGAGACCAAUUGGACGCCUCGGUGAGGGUAUAUUGGAACCAGAACUGAUAUUCUGCUUCACAUUGGGGCUAAACAAACGGGUUUCGGCGCUUUCUUCACCUUCCUCCAUGGUGCCGAUACCCUUGUGCUCCCCCCGCGAAAGAGGAACAUUCCAGACGAUAUUUAAGGGCUCUGCAGGGCCGCUGGUGGCUCAGAGCUGCUCUGGGUCGUAGGGAGGGUCGUAGUCGGGGCAGGUAACGACGGAGCAGGUGGGGGCGGCGGAGACAAGGUAAAGGGGGAGGCGGGCUGAUGGGGAGGCCUGGAUGGUGGCGGCGGUGUAGGAUGUGGCCCGGGAAAGGCGCCGGCCAGGCCAGCUCCUGAGGAGGGAGAUAAACAAGCCCUUAACUCUUCAUGCUCCGGACCAAGAGCUGCAGUCACUGGGGGGCCUGUCAUUGCUGCCCUCAGCACAGCAUCGUUCUCCUAGACGGGCGGAAGAUGACACUGGGCACACAAGGCCGGCACUGCAUUGGUUUGGAGGUGGUGAGAGAUGCUCUGCCCCCCCCUCGCCCUCCCCCCUUCAUCCUCCUUCAUACACAGCAUCCCCAUGUCAUGAUACCCGAGCUCUAUCAAUCUGUACAUCCAAUGUCUGCAGUCAGGAGGAGAGGAGAACGAGACCCCCCUGUAGGGUGCAUGAGCUCUUCUGUGUUUGUGUUGGUAACAUCAGCAAGCCAUGUUCAGAUGACACCAUCAUGUUUUCAUUCAGCCCAUUCUAGAAGUGCUGCUAGGGCCCACUGCAUGCUCAUCCAAACCACACACAUAAGGUCAACUUGUGUGCUCUCCCCCACUAUGCUACUAAAACACGGCUCCUUUACACACGAUGGCAUCAUGCCUUGGCCUACAACAUUUCACUUUGGGGGGAUGUCACUGAUCAAUCUGUAGGAACCCAAUGCAGAUCAAUCCAGUGCAGAUCACUGAUCGGUCUGUAGAAAUCCAGUAAGAUCAAUUUGUAGAAAUCCCGUGCAGAUCACUGAUCAGUCCGUAGAAAUUCAGUGCAGAACAAUGAUCAGUCAGUAGAAAUCCAGUGCAGAACCCAGAUCAGUCUGUAGAAAUCCAGUGCAGAUCACAGAUCGGUUUGUAGAAAUCCAGUACAGAUCAAUUUGUAGAAAUCCGGUGCAGAUCACUGAUCAGUCCAUAGAAAUUCAGUGCAGAACAAUGAUCAGUCUGUAGAAAUCCAGUGCAGAUCACAGAUCGGUUUGUAGAAAUCCAGUACAGAUCAAUUUGUAGAAAUCCGGUGCAGAUCACUGAUCAGUCCAUAGAAAUUCAGUGCAGAACAAUGAUCAGUCAGUAGAAAUCCAGUGCAGAACCCAGAUCGGUUUGUAGAAAUCCAGUGCAGAACCCAGAUCGGUUUGUAGAAAUCCAGUGCAGAUCACUGAUCAGUCAGUAGCAAUCCAGUGCAGAUCAAUUUGUAGAAAUCCAGUGCAGAUCACUGAUCAGUCAGUAGCAAUCCAGUGCAGAUCACAGAUCAAUUUGUAGAAAUUUAGUGCAGAUCAAUUGGUAGAAAUCCAGUGCAGAUCCCCGAUCAGUCUGCAGAAAUCCAGUGCAGAUCCCCGAUCAGUCUGUGGAAAUCCAGUGUAGAUCACAGAUCAGUCUGCAGAAAUCUUAUGCAGGUUACAAAUCGGUCUGUAGAAAUCCAGUGCAGAUUACUGAUCAGACAGUAGAAAUUCAGUGCGGAUCACAGAUCAGUCUGCAGAAAUCCAGUGCCGAUCACUGAUCAAUUUGUAUAGAUCCAAGGCAGAUCAUAGAUCAAUCAGUAGAAACCCAGUGCAGAUCACUGAUCAAUCUGUAGAGAUCUCAGAUCGGUCAGUUGAGAGCCAGUGUAGAUCACAGAUCAAUCUGUUGAAAUCCAGUGCAGAUCACAGCUCAAGUUUUAAUACUAGGCCUCCUUCCUUCAGAAGUCCCUUAUUUUAGCGUAACGCCUUAACGAGGCCAUGGCAACUUUUUGGAGCUUUAAACCUCCAAAACUGCGUAGGCCCGACGAGAGUUUGUUUUCCAAAGCCCCGAGCCUUUGCUUGUAUGUAAUUCAUGCUGACCAACUCACGUUUUUAGUUGUACCGUAUUGUUUGCAUGAAUGACUUUGUGUUUGUUCAAUGCAGGGCGGAAUGAUGGGGCCAAACUGAAAUUUUACACUUGUCGAGCCCAGUCAAGACUGGCACAAAGUUUGGCAUCAUGUCCUAUACUGCUUACUGAGAGGACAAAUGAGUCGCCCUUCCUAGGCAUCAUGAUCUCCAUGAUUACUGAACAAUUACAAAAACAAAGUCUGGAGGACCUAAAAUGCAAAUCUUUCAGUAUAAGCCUGCCACUGCCUGAUCAUCCAGAAACUGAGGCGUGCAGCAGUCCUUACCAUUUUGUGACAGAAGAACGCUCCUGGGGGAUUAUUAGUCACUGUCCAAGGAUUGAACUUGAAGAUGGAGUUCGACUUGGUUGCCAUCACCAUUCAAGCCUGAGUCUCCACUUUCCAGUCCUCAGCAGGGAGAACUCGCCUAACCGCAGGAGCCCUUCCCAAGAGCCUGAGGCAUCCAACUCUGCGGCUCCCCCAGCUCCCCCUACCAAGAGACACUGCCGCUCUUUAUCAGUGCCAGAGGACCUAUCACGCUGGCGGCCUAUUUGGAGGCCCAGUGGGUCUAAAGUUUGGACUCCUGUCAAGAGGAGAUGUAAUAGUGGUGGGGUUGGAGCAGUACUAGGGGUGCAGACUCAAAGUCCAUCCCAAGGGGUCUCCAAUCUCAGGUUUCAAAAUGACCCCAGUGCCUCUUUACGAUGCAUCCAAGCCAACAGCCCUCCCUUCUUCAGCCUGGCUUUGUGCCGGGAGUCACCAGGUCCCUACACCCUUUCCCCAACCACUAUAUUUUGGGAAAACACAGAAGGGCCAAGUUGCUUUCCAUUGCAGCGCCGUUUUUCACUGUCACCAGUACUCUUCAAGGAUGCAGGACGGUUCCUUCCUUCAGCCAGCAGCUCCCCACCUUCCACGCCAGAGCUGGUCCGGCGACAGCAAUGUCUGCCUCGUAGCCAGUCACAGCCCUGUGAUCUCGACACCAGGAAAUGUGGAAUCAAACGAAGACACGAGGAAGAUACACGAUGGCAUCGUCCUUCUCUGGAUUUCUACAAGAUGAACCAGAAUGCUGGUGCUAUGUGUUUCUUGGACAACUCGAAUGAAGGCAGCCCAUCUCCUUUUAUGGCUUGCCAUGGGGAGUCUCCUUGCACUUCUGAAAGUCCUGUCACCACUUGCACACUGGCACUUAGUGAAGAAGAUAUUGGUAGGAGGGAUCACUCCUGCUCCCAGCCAAUGCUCUUCCAGCACGAUUUUGCGGACCUGGAUUUAAAUCUAAUUGAAGAGAAUUAACACUCUCAGGAAACAUCAUACUUCAAAUGGAGUUAUUGUAAGGUGGACAUAUUGGUGAGAGUGUAAGGCUGGCAGGCACCACCAGGAGACUUGCACCAGGCGCAUUCCACAAACAUUCUAAACUUCAUGACUGAUAGAUAUUGUGUGGGGGUGUAGGGCAAAAGAGUGAUCAAAAAGCUUUGUCCUUUUUUUUUUCUAAAGGAGAAGCCUGGGGCUGGGUCAUCUGAACCCCCAACUACACUUCUCCAUUCCCAGUAAUACAGCUGGAAUUGGGAUCUCCCAUUACCGAGUUACAAACUUCACAUAAAGGGUGCUGUGGGAUUGCUUUAUUUUUUUACAGAUGGCUUUUGGAAGGAUGUUCUGCACUGCCCUGAGGGGAUCACAUGCAAAUAUAGGUGUGUGAUUUAAUUCUUCAUGCUUAACUGACUGUUGGAAAAAAAAAAAAAAAAGCAAACCAACAAGAUGGCAAAUCUGGUUGUGCACAAAGGCUCAGGCCUUGUUUUCAAAUGAAAUCCCCAAGACAUGAGUUUAGAGCUUCACACCAAGGAAGCCCAAUCCCGUGUGUUCCGUUCAGAACACUUUCUUUUGCUCUCCAAUUCAUCAUGAAGAAGGCUGACAACAGAACAAAUGUUUCCAAUUGUUGUAUGUGUGUGGUGUUUUUUUAUUUUAUUUUUUAAACUUUUUUUUUUUUUUUUUAUGUUAUUUUAUUGAUGUUUGCCUGUGGCAAAUGUUUUAGAAGCUGUAAUGAAUUUGUUCUUUAACAUUGCUGGCCAGUUAAAAGGAAGCUUCCAGUUCACCCUAAACCUAUGUUGCCUGCACUGCCAUCUUAGUCAUUACAUGGCCAUGCCAUUACCUCA